CACCAGGGUGAAGAGCGGCGAGUUUCUAUACACUGAACCAUUUCGCAUCAGACCGCUCUGAAUGACCGUGUGCACACCGCACCGAGUGAUCUGUGUAGACGUCCUGAAGAAUCAGUGAUGUUCACCUUUAAGGUUCACUUUUAUUCUGACAGGGUGUUUUAGUGGUGCCGUUUCCCGGAGGGCAGUGAGCGGAGCGGCCCACAGCCGGACGGACAGGUCAUCUGUUCAGAGCUGCCUGCUUGACAGCUGUGGCGGAGGCAUAGCUAGCUUGCUAGCUAACGCUACGUAUCCCGAAGAAAGGAGACAGUAGCCCUGCUGUGAAGGGUAAGAUGUCAGAAGGAAUUAAUGAGAGGUAUUCAUCGGUGCAGAUCUCCACAGCGUCUCUUUCUAGCCUGCCUUGGUCUCUGUUGAUCUUGAGUUUGCUGUCUACUUCACAUGCAUCAAGUUGUGUGAGGCCGUUCUCCAUCCAGCAUGGCCGAGUGAAUGUGACUGAGACCAACAGAGGCUCCUUUCCUGUGGGCACUGUGCUCCAGUAUAGCUGUGAUUCAGGGUACACUGUGGAUGGUCCCAGCAUCGUCAUCUGCACCCGAGAGGGUCUUUGGUCUUCAGGCCCACCACGCUGUCUACAUGAUAACUAUUGUGUGCGGCCAUUCCCCAUCCAGCAUGGCCAAGUGAAUGUGACGGAAGCCAGCAGAGGAUCCUUCCCUGUGGGCACUGUGCUCCAGUACAGCUGUGAUUCAGGAUACACUGUGGAUGGUCCCAGCAUCGUCAUCUGCACCCGAGAGGGUCUUUGGUCUUCAGGCCCACCACGCUGUCUACAUAAUAACUUGUGCGGUCCUCCAUUUGAGCCAGAAAACGGAGGUUAUACCUGCCACCCGUCCCCAUGUCAACGCCUGACUCACGGAACAGUGGUUGAAUAUUUUUGUGAUCAGGGCUACACACUGAAGGGGGACUACAAAUACCUUACCUGCCAGAAUGGCGAGUGGGACAGCCCUAUGCAGGUCAGCUGUGUUCUCAGCCAGGAAAAGUAUCCAGCUCCUGUGCUGGGAAUGAACACACUGUCCAUUGUGGCCUCCACUGCCAGCUCUGUGGCACUGGUCCUUCUGCUGGUGGUCCUAUUUGUCUUACUGCAGCCCAAACUGAAGUCUUUCCAUCACGGACGUCAUGAUCAGGGAGGCCCUGGGCAGCCCAUAACCAUCAUGGUGGAGGGUGUCCAGGUCACAUUGCCAUCCUAUGAGGAGGCUGUGUCUGGAGCUGGUGGUGUAGCGUUGCCUCGGCCCCACCCACAUGCACAGCUGGAGUCUUUGGAGCAGCCUUCAGCCCAGGCCUCAACCACACACACUGAGCAUGCAGAGAUCGCAGUGGUGCAUCGGCCACCUUCCUCUUCAUCUUCCUCUUCCUCCUGGUCCUUGGAUGCUGUGCAAGGGGCGACAGCAGCAUCCACUGCAUUACAAUACCAGAACCCUGAAAACAGUCAGCAUAACAAUAUGCUGUCUCUACACAGUCCAGAGCAGGACCUGGCUGAUGACAUUCCCCUAUUAAAGGAAUCAUGAGAGCUCCUGGACUCCCAUAGGUUCCCACACAGUCUGUAUGCUUGGACCACAAAGGCUGCAACCCUGCAGACCUGACUGCUGUGAUCCCCUUUUGUGCUGCACCCCUACCACAGCCCAGCCCAUCUCAGGUGAUAUUCAACUAGGCAGGCCCGAUGCCUAAAAGGCACCUCCAGUGCUGUCCUGUCAGGAAUGCCCAGAUAUUUACAUAUAUAUCAUACAUGCUCAAAUCCUGCACCAUUUCAGAUGCUUGCUCUGCAUCCUUCAGGUCUACAGAGUUGGACAUGUAGCAGAGAGACAUAACACUGUACAGAGUGUGAAAGAUUUAUGGAAGGCCUUACAUGGCAUUUAAAUAUUAUUUUGUUAUUGAACACAUUGUUCUGUGGGGUUUUAUAUGUUCUGAAAUAAAGACCACAGUUAUCACAUUUAGAAGAAAAUUCACACACAUGCCCCUCCGGCACCACCACCACGUAUGUGCAUAUGCACAACACUGCUCGAUAGGGGAGUCGAUUCUUCGAUUCUAAUCCAGUUCAAUUGGGAAUUGAGAGUCUAUUCCACAGCUUUGGACAAAUGUUUGUGCACUUGUGCAUGCAUGUGAGAUAUACCCUUCCAGCACAUGAGUCAGUAGUCUGUAUACUUUGAACAAUAUGGAAAAAGUGUAAAAUUUGUACUAAAAAGUGGCUUAUGGUUGAUAAGCCUCACAGAAAUGCUCCGCUUUGCUGGUCAUGCUGUGUUGCUUUUGUGCAGUAGCAGCCAUGCGUGCUCAAGGGACAGAUGUUUCCCACUUCCCUCAAGCAGUAUGCUCCUAUAAUCAUGUAUAGGAUACAUUCCCUUGAUGUUUUUCACUCACAAAACCUGAAAACACAAUAUUGUAAUACUGGCUCCAGUCAAGACAUCAUUGAGUGUCCGGUACUGUAUAAGCUUCUGUUUAGGUAUGAGCCCUCCUUGUCAUUUUUACAGUAAUUGUACUAGAUGUAGUGCAAGUAAAUUGCCACGUCAGCCUUACCAGCAUUUUGACUCUGGCUUUGAUUUUGGCUUGCGUUCACAUUUCACUCCUUUCUGAUAAUGUCCUGAUUUUGGAAUCAUUAUUAAAAUCAAGAACAUUUCUUAUUUGUGGAAUCACAAUGUGAAUGAUGCAUGGACACUCUUGCUAGCACUGAGGGUUUUUUUCUUCUUCUUUUUGUUAGCUUGACUUGAUUGAAUGUUUCAUCCCACUCUAUUCUAGCUAUUUAGAUGCAUCUGGAAAAAAAUCUUUAUGGUUAUACACCCUGCCACACCUUCAAAAGGGCUAUUUCAACCCUCAGUGUUUUUCCCUUCUUUUCAUUUGUCAAAUCUCUCUCUGAUUGAAAAUUGGCUACUAGACGUGUGACAAUUUAGCAUGCAUUAUCAAAAUCUACUCUUGAUUAAGUAAUAACGCAUGUCACUUGUCACUUAUAAUAUGUUUAAAAAGGUUUGGUAUGGGACUAUGCGUGGGUGAACAGAUGCAAAUUGGACUAUUGAAUGGCACAUUGACGUUUCUGUGCGAUGGUCAUCUAUAAACUAGCUGUAUAAGCGGUUAGGCUGCAUUCUUGUAGGGGUUUGCAUAACGUUAAACAAAUGUUUACUUUUCUCAUAUCAUCUGUUGUGCUUUGACAAUACGGCUGGCUUUGUUUUUUAUGUUUUAUCUUUGCAUUUUACUGUGUAUCUGGUAAUUUUAUUUAGUGAUCUGAAAAAAUGGGCUUUGUACAUGAAGUGCUAUUGAUUAGCAUUGUAAAGUUAUACUGUACAGUUGUAUGCAAACAUUUGGCACCCCUGGCAAGGUUGCAAUUUUUGCUGAUUUUAGAAGUGAAAAAAUAAGUACACACAACCUCUGCAGCAGCUUUCUUAAGCCAUCUUGAGACAUCCACAGAACGUCCGAGAUCUACCAACAGAUUUUCAGCUAAGGUCAGGGGAUUGUGAGGGUCUGUCCAAUUCCAUUGCUUUUCCUGAAGUAGUUAAAAAUGGACGUUGAGGUAUGUUUUGGAUCAUUGCCCUUUUAUAGACGCUAGCUUCCGGUUCUUGACAUGCUAGGUCACGUUUCCUCCCAGAAUUUGCUAUUUAGUAGAAUCUGUUCUUCUAUCUACUCAUGCAGUGUUUCCUGUGUCACUGGCUGCCACAUAACCUGAAAGCAUAACAAAUCCACCUCCAUGCUUAACAAUUGGCAAAGUGUUCUUUUCAUCAAAUGCUGCUCCUUUUUUCCCCUUUGGUGAUUGUGGAGAUUGUUGCCUCUUUUCAAAAUAUUUAACUUUGCAAGGGGUGUCAACUUUUGCAUACAUCUGUAUUUGUGCUGGGAGAAGUGAGUUGUAAUGUCUCCUUGCCUCGCUGAAGGAGAAACUGAUACUUUUGCAGGAGCAAACGCAUAACUUAAUGUAAAUGGAUUUAUUUAAUACCAAAAAGUGGAGUUCUGUACUGUAUGUUUUUCUUUUGGAACAGAAUGAAGUAAUUUGCAAGGCAUAGUGUUUUAUGUUUGUACAAAGAUUUAAUUUAUCUCUGCAUUGUAAAUAACUUCUGAUUAAAUAUUGUUUUAAUUGUGCAAA